AUGGUUACUAGCACUGAUGAGAAGAUGGCUCUCUCGGGCCGUUCAGCUCCGACCAUGAUGGAGACCUCAAUCACUCUCGGGGAGCUUCUCCUCAGCUGGACGGAGAUCUGCAUGGAUAUGGGCAUCAAGGCCCGCGAUCUGGCCAAGCUCUGCUGCCCGCAGCCUGAGAAGGACCUGGUCACUGCGGUUGAUGCGCACAAGGUGGGUUUAUUGUUUCGAAGCGGCUUAUGCGCGUAA